AUGGAGUCGAACCACAGCAGCCUCACCAAGAACACUUCAACUGCCCGACACACGGAGCCAGUAUACGAGGUUGCCGUGCAGAACGGCUCCACCAACGGCAGCACUCAGUUUGCAGAUGUGGCGCUGCUGCAGACCUUCAAGCCUCUCAUCAUCCCCUUCUACGUGCUGGUGCUGGUGGUCGGCAUCUCCGGGAAUUACCUGCUGGUCUAUGUCAUCUGCCGAACACGCAGGAUGCACAACGUCACCAACUUCUUCAUUGGGAACCUGGCCUUCUCUGACAUGCUCAUGUGCGUGACUUGUGUCCCCUUCACACUGGCCUACGCCUUCAACCCUCAUGGAUGGGUCUUCGGACGCACCUUGUGCUACCUGGUCUUCCUCAUUCAGCCAGUUACCGUCUACGUCUCGGUCUUCACACUCACAGCUAUUGCUGUUGACAGAUACUACGCGACGGUGCACCCGUUGAAGAAACGCACCACAGUGGUCACUUGCGUUGCAGUGUUGGCUGGAAUCUGGCUUCUGUCCUGUGUCCUGGUGGUGCCGGCCGUCAGCCACACCUACCACGUAGAGUUCAAAGAUGAAGGCUUCACCAUCUGUGAGGAGUUCUGGAUCGAUCAAGAGGCAGAAAGACGCGUUUACGCGUACAGCACCCUGCUAGUCACCUACGUUCUGCCCUUAUCGGCUGUUUUUGUCUCUUAUCUCUGCAUCACGGUCAAACUGAAAAAGUGUGUCGCUCCUGGUCACAGGUCACAAGGUCAGGCAGGGGUUCACCAAGCACGUAAGAAGAAAAUAUUUCGCCUGGUUGCUCUGCUGGUGACUGUGUUUGCAGUCUGCUGGCUGCCCAUCCAUGUGUUCAACGUGCUGCGAGACAUCGACAUCCACCUGAUCAACAAACGCUUCUUCUUGCUCAUCCAACUGCUCUGUCACCUGUGCGCCAUGAGCUCCUCCUGCUGCAACCCGUUUCUCUACGCGUGGCUCCAUGACCGCUUCCGCGCAGAGCUGAGGAAGCUGUUCAAAUGCCAUCGCCGCGUUGGAGACCCUGUCAAUCUCCGUGCAGGCAUGACCCUGUAA